CAUGAUCGCGCCUGAACCUCCCCCCGCUCCUCCCAGCCUCCUCACUCCGUCGGGAUUCCUCCUCCACCCGCGCGGCCAUGCAGUCACGGAAGAUCGGUCUUCCUCCCUCACCUGGUGCGUUCUAGCACCGCCAUGCAGGCGGCGGGCAUCUCCGCGGGCGCUGCCGACGACGCUGCAGACGGCAGCAGCAGCAGCAGCAGCGCGCACGGCGGGGAGAGGAUAGAAGGGACGCAGGACGGCACCAAGCAGCAGCAGCUGCUGCAGCAUCCGCAGAAGCAGACAUCUUCAGGGGUGCUCGAUAAACUGUUUGGGAAACGGCUUCUGCUGGCACGCCACUACAUCAUGUCUCGCAAGUCCUGGUUAAAGAUGGUUCCCACUGAAAACUGUGACAUCCUCAUGACUUUUCCUGAAACCAUAGAUGACCACACUCUGCUGUGGCUUCUGAAUCAGGUGCGUGUUGGAAUCCCACAAGUCAGCAUCCAGGUUCGGCAGCUGGGACACACCCAGGCACAAGCCUUCUUCAUCACAACUACAUUUGAGAACCUGCUGCGAGGAGCUGAGCAGAUGGGAAUGCACAAGGCCGUUAAAGCUCAGUUUGGUGGAGGGAUGCAGCGCUUUUCCUGCGAGGAGGACAACAUCUAUGAAAACAUAGAAAGCGAGCUCUGCUUUUUCACCUCACAGGAGCGUCAGAGUAUCAUUAAGUAUUGGUUGGACAACCUGCGAGCCAAACAUGGGGAGGUGCUUCACAACAUCCACUUCCUUGAGGGGCAGCCUAUCAUUCCAGAGCUGGUGGCUCGUGGAGUGAUUCAACAGAUGUUUCCCCUGCAUGAGCAGAGGAUACUCAACCACCUGAUGACAUCCUGGGUUCAGGCUGUAUGUGAGAAGCAGCCCCUUGAUGAUAUUUGUGACUACUUCGGGGUGAAGAUUGGCAUGUAUUUUGCCUGGUUGGGUUUUUACACAAACUCCAUGCUUUAUCCUGCUGUCAUUGGCUUUCUGCUCUGGAUACUAGCAGAGGCCGACCAGACCAGUCAGGAUGUCUGCUGUGUUGUUUUUGCCCUCUUCAAUGUGGUGUGGGCAACUUUGUUCCUGGAGAGGUGGAAGAGGCGGGAGGCUGAGUUGGCUUUCAGGUGGGGCACUCUGGACACUCCUGCAGAGUCCCUGGAGGAGCCCAGACCUCAGUUUAGGGGAGUAAAGCGCUGCAGUCCCAUCACCGGCUGUGAGGAGUUUUACUAUCCUCCCUGGAAGAGAGCUGUGUUCAGGUGGUUGGUCAGCCUGCCUGUCUGCGUCCUCUGUCUUUGUUUCGUCUUCCUUGCUAUGCUCCUCUGUCUGGAACUGCAGGAAGUGGUGAUGGAGAUUCCAGAGCUGCCUGGUAUUACAAGGUUCAUCCCUAAGAUACUUCUGGCUGUUACCGUAACCAUCUGUGAUGAAGUGUACAAGAAAAUUGCUUACUGGCUCAAUAAUAUGGAGAACUACAGGCUUCAGAGUGCCUACGAGAACAAUCUUAUCAUCAAGAUGGUCUUUUUUGAGUUCAUCAAUUCUUACCUUAGCCUUUUCUACAUUGGAUUCUACCUCAAGGAUAUGGAACGGCUAAAGGAGAUGCUAGCUACUUUACUGAUUUUCCGCCAGUUCCUCCAGAACAUCAAAGAAGUCCUCCAGCCGUAUCUCUAUGAGCAAAACAAGCUGGGGGUUUUCACGCCGAAGGUGCUGUGGGAACUGCUCCAGGCCAUCAUGCUCAAGUAUGGCCGUCUGGCUUUGGGGAAGGCCCAAGCAUCAAUGACGUCCUACUCCUUUUUGGGGACCAGACUCUCUGUCAACGCCGCCGCCAACGGCAACCCAGAGCUGAGGAGAAGAGGAGACCUGAAAGCAGGUUUUAGGCUGACGGAGGAGGAGUGGGACAUGAGCGAUAGUGCCAUGAAGCACAGGAAGGUCAGCUUCACGGAGAAGGUGCACUACCAGGAUGUGACCGCCACAGCACGACCAGCUGAUGAGAGCUCCCUGGAGGACAGUCCCACGAUGGUAGAUGAAGGGAUGGAUCCGUCCAGCAUCUUUGACAGCUGUGAUGAGGACAGUGAUUGUGAACUGUUGGCUCAUUUUUUACCACAGGAGAGCAGAGAUAAUCCCAGCAGACCCCCUCCCAAAGAAACUGACUCAGUCUGUCACAGAAGGAGGAACAGUGAGGCGAAAGAUGACAAGAAGUCAUGGAUUGAUCCACCAGAAGAACCUAAGAAAGUGGGCCUGACCCAGGCGGAGAUUGAGAGCUGCAUGCAAACAUAUGAGGGAACCCUUCAGGACUACCAGGAGAUGUUCAUUCAGUUCGGCUAUGUGAUCCUCUUCUCCUCUGCGUUCCCCCUGGCAGCCAUGUGCGCCCUCAUCAACAACAUCGUGGAGAUCCGCAGCGACGGCCUGAAGCUCUGCACCGGCCUGCAGAGGCCGUUUGGACAGAGGGUGGAAAACAUUGGGCAGUGGCAGACUGCAAUGGAAGCCAUGGGCCUGAUAGCAAUCAUUGUAAACUGCUAUCUGAUUGGUCAGUGCGGUCAGCUUCAGCGUCUUUUCCCCUGGUUGAGCCCUGAAAUGACCAUCGUUUCCAUCGUCUUACUUGAGCACUUUGCAAUCCUGCUAAAGUACAUCAUCCAUGUUGCCAUCCCUGAUAUCCCUGGCUGGGUAGCAGACGAGAUGGCCAAGCUAGAGUACCGACGAAGGGAAGCUUUCAAGAAGCAUGAGCUGCAGGCCCAGCAGCACUUCCAACAGCAGCUCAGACGCCGGCGGGAAGAAGAGGAGCUCCAUCGUCAAGCUGAGCUGCAGGCUGAAGCCCGUCAGGACGGCGGAUUCCACAAAGCAGACGCCCACCAGCACCACCAUGACAAAGCGGGGAGCAAACCGGGGGACAAGCCCAAGAGACCCAGCUCUCUUCUAGGAAACAACAAUGUAAUGAAGCUGAAGCAGAUCAUCCCUCUGCAGGGGAAGUUCUCCUGCGGUGCCUCCCGAUCGCCGGCCCAGUCUCCAACCGGAGGUGAAGCAAAGCUCCCCGGAUUUCUGAAGUUCCUGAAAUCUCCGGAGGGGAAAAAGGAGCCGGCAACAGCUUGUGGAACAACUCCGGCAUCCACGGCGACGCCCGCAGUUCCUGCAAGCAGCCAGGAGAGGUCACAGUCCCCCAACAGGACAUUCAGCCCUGGAAAACUGUUCAGCUUUAGCAAAUCAGAGGGCUCUGUGGUGUGUGCAAAUGGGACACAGCAACCAACCCAGGCAUCUAACCCUCAACCCAACACAACACCAGAUGAACUUCCCUCCAACGAUUCCGACAAAGAUUCAGAAAAUGCAAAAACUUCCUAAAAAAGGAUCAAACGGAAUAGAAUGAACUGAUGCAACUUUGUUCUCGCCAAAACUAGCACCUAACUUCCAUGUAAAGACAAGGGCACCAAUGGGGCUUUGGGAAACACGCGGUUUGUAAUGCUACAUGGCCACCUGGUUGAAACAAACAGCUCCACCUGUCUUCUACACUUUGUCACGGGUUUCCGGCGUUCCUCUUGUUGAUGUUAGUGUUGAAUGCAUGUCCUCUUGAGCAUGCACACGUCCUACUGAGCUUGCAGUCUUCUAGAGCCACUGUCUCCUCCUGCAAUAGGUCCGAAAUAUUCACUGUGACCCUGGAAAAAGAUUCUAUUUUUCCUAAAUUUGGUUUUUUUAUUCAUUAUUUUACUAGUGUUUGUCACUCUAGAGAAUACUAAUAAAUCUCACUUGAACUGUAUAAAAAUAUAUAUAUAUAUGCACCGGUAUGCACAAGAUGAGUAAACAUGCUACAUGAGACACCAAACUGCUCGCUUUCUUAGUCUUCUGGAUGUAUCAUGUCAAAUAAAGUCCAACUUAGCUCAUUUCCUUUGGGAAUCCUCAAAGCAGUUUACUCUUUGAAAAAAUAAAUAAAUAGUGAAAAAGAAGGAACACCCUGAUGUUUAUGAGGUUUUACCACCAAAAAUAAAAACUAAAAAAUCUCAUUUAUAGUUUCUGAAAUUAGUAAAUCUGAGAUAAACAAAAACCACCUGGAGACAAAAUGCAGAAGCAGUGCUUUCAACAAUCGCUCAACAGCGAAGAAAACAGAUUGAUCAAGUUUGCUGCUAAAUUAUUCUGCAAAACAGAGGAUUUCUGAGUCGACUGAGGGGCUCUCUCAAAUGAUCAACCCUCCACCACCGUGCUUCCCAGUGGAAACGCUGAUAUUGUGUUUGGUCUCAUCUGAUUUGGUUUUACUGUCUUAAUAAAAGGUUUGCCCACUUUA